CAUCAUCCCGUCCCAAAUACGCCUUUGCCAGGUACAUGUACCCUUUUAGGUCCUACAACAUCCCCUGAUAUCAGGUUGUGCAUAUUUACGGCGUAUGAAACUCGUGUUUUCCUCCCCUGACUGAGAUGUAUCGCGUCACCAAAUACUGUAAUACGUUGCAGCUGGAUUUUAGUCAAGAGGGGGCGGCGUGUCUGCUCCUCCGAAUUACCCGUGUCUUAUAAACAAGACCAUUUAGCUCAGCUUUCCCUGUUUUUUUCUUUCAAUCCUCUCAAUCCUCUCAAAACUGCUCAAUUACAAAACCGAAGACACAGUAUCUUAUAAUUUUCUUAGCCCUAUAUUCAAAAUGCGUUACUCAACACUCUCCCUCCUCACUCUCCCUCCUCACUCUCCCCAUGGCCCUAGGAGCCAACACCGUCAUCAAAGUCGGCGACGAAAACGGAGCCAUCAAGUUCUCACCCGACUCGGUUUCUAUCCCUGUAGGCGGCGUAGCAGAAUUCCACUUCUACCCCCAAGUCCAUUCCGUCGUUCAAGGAAGCUUUGAAAAUCCAUGCCAGCCAUUGAGCAACACUAGUUUCUACUCUGGUCCAUUCUUCACCACCAGUCCCCAGGGGAACGAAACAACGUUCAGCCUCAGUAUCAGGGACGAGCAACCGGUCUACUAUUACUGUGGCGCCCCAGGCCAUUGUGGGGGUGGAAUGGAUGGAAUCAUUAAUCCUCCGUAAGUUACUUAUUCUCUAAUUUAAAAAUAUCAUAUCUCGAUUUAGAAAUUAUCGACAUCUUCUCAUAGUCAUUUUCCGGAUUCUUCAUUUCUAACAAAUCUCCCAGAACCGACAGCAGCAGAAAUGUCCAAGCAUACAUCUCCGCGUCCACCGGCAAAACCACCACAAGCACCAGCGGCGUCCGAGGGGGAACUCUCGGUCCAGCUAGCUCCGCAAGUAAUUCGUCCACUUCUUCAACACCUACUACCGGUGGCGCAAUACCAACAGGAAAUGCCCCAGCGGCGACUUCUUCGAAAGCCGCUGGUGUCGUGGUUGAGAGUCUGGGAUGGGGAUUCACAAGUUUGGCGGCGAUGUUGGUUCGAGCUUUGACGGUU